UUAACCUGAAACUGUUCUUAACCUGAAGCACCACUUUAGCUAAUGGGGCCUCCUGCUGCCGCUGCGCCACCGGAGCACGAUUUCUGUUUUCAUCCUGAAGCAAAGUUCUUAACCUGAAGCACUAUUUCUGGGUUAGCGGAGUCUGUAACCUGAAGCGUAUGUAACCUGAGGUACCACUGUAUCCUUCUUAAAUUGUGGCACCCAGAAAUGGACACAGUCUGGCAUGGUCUGACCAAGGCAGAAUAGAGUGGUACUAUUACUACUUUUGAUCAGGAUCCCAUACUUCUGCCGAGUAACACUAGCUUUUUCUGCAGCUGCAUUACGCUGUUGACUCAUGUUAAGCUUGUAGUCUACUAAGACUUCUAGAUUCUUUUCACAUGUACUAUUGGCAAGACCGGUACAACUGGUUCUUUCUAUAUAAAUGCAGAACCUUAGAUUUGCCCCAUUUAAAUUCAUUUUAUUAGUUUCGGCCCAGUUCUCCAAUCUGUCAUCUUGAAUCCCGAUUCUGUCUUCUGCAGCAUUAGCAACCCUCCCAGUAGGUGCCAUCUGCAAAUUUGAACAACAACGAGCCUAGGACAGAACCUUAUGGCCCUCCACUUGUCACCCUUUUCCACGAUGACGAGGAAAAAUUAGUGAGCACUCUUUGGGUUCAGUCAGUAAACCAGCCCACAUUAUACCAGCUUCUCCACUGAGAUCUACUGAGCAGAUCAAGUAAGUAAAGGGAGACUGGACUACCACCACUUCAGGCAAGGAGGAGCAUUUGCUGCUAAUUAGUUUCUCAAAACAUCUUCCACUCGGUUCUAAAAAGCAAGCUGUGAGUUGUUAACUGGAAGAUGUCAUUUUACCAUUUCGAAAGCUCUUUUUCAAAAAAUGCAAAGGGAAGAUGAACCAAUGUCCCAUAUGAAACUGUAGAAGUUUGGCUACAGGCCUGAACUGAUAAGUGGGAGGGUGCUUUGUGACUGGAAGUCAAUGAAGAAUAACUGGCAGAAUUACUUCCUGCGUUCAUUAGAUCAAUCUGCAUAAAUACUGUCUUGGCCAUGUGAUUCAGGGCCCUCCCUGCUACGAGACUUGUAUAAAUACUGGAGAAAGUUGUGACAUUCAUGGAAAGAACAGCUCUAGAUGAAAGCUUUGGCAUACACCACCAAGCCUUGUGGAGCUUUCCUGCUGGGAGCAACUGUGAUCUGAAGUGGGAGAACUGCUGCUGAACAAAGUCAGGUACCUCUUUCAAGGCAACUAUACCUGCUUGACCAUGUAUGCUGCUUUCUCUCUUCUCCUCCUGGCAGCCUGCCUGCCCUCUGGAUGGGCACAGACGGCCCUGGAUGACUACGUCAAGCAGUAUGACCCUCACUACAACUACACUGUCACAAAGAAGGAAGAUAGGCCUGAUGUGACCAUCUAUACCCUCAACAUGACCUCCUUGAAGUGGCUGAAUGAGUCUGAAUUGUCUAACCCAAUUUGGUGGCAUGAGCUGAUCAUCGUUGUGUCAAAGGAACGAAAAAUGAAUAACUCGUGUUUCCUGAUGCUUGGGAUAGGAAGAAAUGAUGAACCGUCUAGUAAACGAGAUUUGAGUGUUGAGGACCUUGUCAAUAUAGCAAAAUCAUCUGGGUCCUGUGCGGCACUUUGGGGGCAGAUUGGAAACCAGCCAAUCACCUACAAGACAAUCCCUUUGCAAAUGUGCAAGAACAGCAUUGAAAAUGCUGCACUUGUUUGUUCGUGGUGGAAGUUCAUGAACAACGAGAGUGAGCUGCCACACGUGCUGAUUCAGUUUCCAAUGGUGAAGGCAGCUGUGCGUGGCAUGGACACUGUAGCAGAUUUUCUGCUGAAAGAAUCCGGUGGAAUGAUGAAUAUCACAAAGUUCACAGUGGCUGGUCUUUCCAAGCGUGGCUGGGCCACCUGGCUUGUAGCAGCUGUGGACAAGAGAGUUGAGUCAUUUAUUCCAAUUAUCUAUGAUCUUUUGAAUAUUGUUAAGAACUGGCAUCAUGAAUACCGAUCAUACUGUGGCUGGGGCAUUGCAUUGUAUCAUUUCUAUGUCAUGAAUCUAACUCGGCAGUUGGACACCCCACGGUUCCAGGAAUUAACUUCACAUGUUGAUCCGUUUGAAUAUAAAGAACGAUACCAAAAUAGGACCCUGCUCAUGAUCUUAUCAACAGGAGAUGACUUCUUCCUGCCUGAUGAUUCGUACUAUUUCUUUGAUGAGCUACCAGGAAAGAAAUAUAUCCGAUUCAUCCCGAACACUAAUCACCAUAUAACAUUAUUACCAUGGAAUAGAGCAUCUAUCCUUGAAUCGUGUAGAGCCUUUUAUCUCAGCACCAUGCAGAAUUUGACCAUGCCUCAAAUUUCUUGGAACAGGUCUGAGGCAAAUGGCAAAGGCAUCAUCUCUCUCUCCACAGAUCAGGAGCCUUUAAAAACUAGAUGUUUCUUUGCUGACACAUGGCUCACCAACAAGCGAGACUUCAGGCAAAUUAGGCUUUCCUUGAUUAUUGUGAAUCCUGCACUUUGGAUUGAUUGCAAUGUUGUUAAAGUGGGAACAGGUGUUUAUAAAGCAGAAUUGUCAAAGCCAUUACUUGGGUGGAAGGGUUUCUUCAUUGAGGUAACUUUCAAAGGACCUGAGAACGAUAAGCAUGUUUUCACCUCAGAGGUUCAAAUCAUCCCAGACACUUUUCCAUGUGCAGACUGCAAGGGAGAAGGAUGCUAUGGGACGCUGGUGUGAAACCCUGCAGAGAAAAUGUGGCUCCUGUUGCUGAGGGGAGGCAUGAGGGAAGACAUAAGAGGCAUUGGAAAACCAUGCGGUGAAGUGGGUGGACAGAGAAGGAACCUCAUGCAGAGAAAGCAGACAGGUCCCACUUAAACUAAAAUAAAAUAGGUGCAGGGGUGUCACUCAGGAUCAGGAGACCUAAACAAGGACCAGAUGCUGUGGCAAUGGGGAAUGGGGAAUGUGUAGGGUGGAUGUGUGAAGAAUAUCAGACAUGAGAGGAAGGGGCUCGUUCUAUAGAAUGAUGAACAAGUAAAUAUGACACAGGAAAGUGUGCCUUUUUGAUUCCCAUUGCCCUGGAUCAUAAUAAAGAAUAUAGCUAUGCUUUACAAGUCUUCAUUGAAACUCUGUACUAGUUUUUGAUCAUUUUAUGCAGACAGUACAAUUCCUUAUCUUACUUUUAAGACAGUUUAACCUCAUAAUGGGAUUAAAUAUUCUCUAAUCUAAGUAAUUAAUUACCACUGUCAUGUAAAGUAUUUGAGUUCAAAUUCUGCACAAGGCACAGGCCAACAGCUUAACUUCUUUGGCUAGCUAU